CGGAAGUGACGCCAUUGUGGUCUGUCCUCCACCUCUUGUCCAUCACAGGACCGGAGGACCAUUGGAAAAUAGUAGGGUGUCCCUUUAAAAAACAGCUAAAUCUAUUCGUCAAAGCUGGCAUUUCUGGGACCUUAAGUUUACAUAAUGGCCCAAUUGCCGGCCAGUUUGCAGCCUGACAUCAACCGCCAUCGUUUUUUAGCCGGAUAGCACGAGAGGCUUUGAGUGACUGUCGGCUCGCUCCUGGCUAACGUUCGCAGCUGUCUGUAACCAAAGCUAACCGGCUACCUACCGUUAGCCGAAGCGGCUCGUCUUCUCUCCUUACCACAUGAUACUGACGCACAUUGUUUUGGGACAGACCUGUAUAGGCAGCUAUUCGACCGUCUAACCCCCCCCCUCCCCGCAGCCCCGAAAUGGACAAAGAAGAGGCAGACAGGCUCAUAGAGAAGGCGAAGCUAUGUUUACGGUCGGGACGAAAAGAUCGGGCGUUGCAGCUGCUGUACGAGGCGCAGAAUACUUACCCCAGCACCCGGGCCAGAGUGUUGAUCGAUGCCAUUCAGAGAAACGGAGGAAGUGCUUUCCCAGAAGCCAACCACGUGCCUCCACCCACAGGAUGGAGAGACGAGGACAUUGGGAACCAGGAGAGCAGCCAUGUGCAUGGUGACGAAAAGAAGACCUACACCGAGGAUCAACGCCAGGGUGUUUUCAGGAUAAAGAAUUGCAAGGACUUCUAUGAAAUCCUUGGCGUUGAUAAAAAUGCCAGCGAUGAAGAUUUGAAGAAGGCGUACAGGAAGUUGGCCCUAAAGUUCCACCCUGACAAGAACUUUGCCCCAGGAGCCACAGAUGCAUUCAAAGCCAUAGGAAACGCUUAUGCUGUGCUGAGCAAUGCAGAGAAGAGGCAGCAGUACGACCAGUACGGGGAUCAGGCCAGCACUCUGAACGCACCGCAGCACUCGGGCCGCACUCACCACGGACACCACAGGAAUUUCCACAGAGACUUCGAGGCCGACAUCUCCCCCGAGGAACUCUUCAAUAUUUUCUUUGGCGGGAGGUUUCCCACAGGAAACAUCCACGUGUACACCAACCAGGGAGCCUCCUACUCGCAGUUCUAUCAGCCUCGUCGCCGCCGCGCUCAGGAAAGGCGCGAGGAGAACACCUUCACAGCUCUUCUGCAGCUCCUACCUGUGCUCGUGUUAAUCCUCAUAUCAGUGUUCACUCAGAUGAUGGCCACUAACCCACCCUACAGCCUCUUCUACAAGCCGGCCAUGGGGCUGGUGGUUUCCAGAGAAACGCAGCACAUGGGUGUGCAGUACUACGUGGAUAAAAGUUUCGAGAAGGAGUACCGUGGAGCCGCGCUGGAGGAACUGGAGAAAACCAUCGAGAGUGACUAUAUUGAACACUUGCAGAGCAGCUGCUGGAAGGAGAAGCAGCAAAAGUCGGAUCUGGCAAACCUGGGGCAACUUUACCGGGACGAACGGCUAAAGCAGAAGGCGGAGUCCAUGAGGCUGGACAACUGUGACAAACUACAGCGACUGGUUGGGCGGCUGAGGUGCGGUCAGCGGGAGAAUGUGCCGCUGGAAACAAUGUGCCUUCUCUCCUCCUCAUCGACGGUAGAAAAGCGAGUUGGGUGUGUGCUGCUGGCACAGCAGCAUGGAGUGCAGACCCACUGUGGCCGAAAUGAGUACUGUGACCUGAAUAAGACUGCAGUGUUUGGACAAAUCAAAGCUCAGCUGUACAGUGGAAUGACACGGUACAGCACCAGGACCUUCUGCACACGAUUGCAACAGACAGCGUAA